ACCAUGCAAAUGAUUCUUUCCACUGCUUUCCACAUAAAGUUCUCAUUCGGCUGCACACCAUAAAUUAAUUUACUUAUUACAAGUCAGUCACGCCGUUAAUAACUGUUAUAUAUACGUAUAUGCACAUACAUACAUCAUACACAUAUAUUAGGUACAUUUGAUUUUACUGACUGAACUUAAGCUUUUUAGAACAAGCUGUUCGCCACGGUGGGAUAUCGGUAUUAAGAUUUUUCUAUCUAUUAAGUCUUAAUAUAAUGCCGAAUUUUUUUCAAUUGGUCGAAGAUAAUAUACUUUACGAGAUUUUGGCAUUAAUAUGGCUGCUCUUUUUGUGGAAGUUGUAUUUGAACAUUCGCCAGCGGGCUUUGAUGAAUCGUUUGGUAGAAUUGCCCACCUCCGUUGAAGGUUUUAUGACAAAAGAUGUUUAUGACAAGGCACGCAGUUACGAUUUAGAUAAACUAAACUUUAGCACGUUUAAGAAUAUUUACUCUGAACUUCUUGCUACGGGAGUUUUGUUAGCUUUAUGUUAUUCUCAUUUCUGGCAAUGGAGUAUUUAUUUAGGAAAAUACUUUGGUCUUACUCAUGAAAAUGAGAUUCUGUUGAGUGGUAUCUAUAUACUCAUUACAAAUGUGAUACACGAUGUUGUUGGUUUACCAUUAACAAUUUAUAACACAUUCGUUAUAGAAGAAAAACAUGGGUUUAAUAAAGAGACACCAUUGUUCUUUAUUAAGGACCAACUUCUCAAGUUUUUAGUUGCACAAAUUAUUGUUUUACCCCUUGGUUUUGGUAUUAUAUGGAUUAUAGAAAAUGGAGGAGAUUAUUUCUUCCUUUACCUUUGGGUCUUCUUAGUUGUUGUUACUGUUUUCAUGAUGAUUCUUUACCCAGAAGUGAUUGCACCACUCUUUGAUAAAUACAUACCACUACCGGAUGGAGACUUAAAGACAAAGAUCGAAGCACUAGCAGCUUCGGUUGAUUUUCCACUCUACAAAUUAUUUAUUGUUGAAGGAUCAAAGAGAUCUUCGCAUAGCAAUGCAUACUUAUACGGAUUCCACAAACAUAAGAGGAUUGUACUAUUUGAUACUUUAGUGAAAGAAUAUUAUAAACCUGCAGAAGGUGAGACAGAAGCAAAAGGAUGUGAAACAGACGAAGUAUUAGCAGUAUUAGCACAUGAACUAGGACAUUGGAAAUAUAAUCAUACACUGAAAGGAUUUAUGUUUGGUCAGGUGAGCUUUUUGGCGAAUGUCCUUCUAUACGCAAAACUUCUUAAUUAUAAGCCAAUGUAUCUUGCCUUUGGCUUUACUGACGCGCAACCUACAAUUAUAGGACUUACCAUUGUAACAAUGUAUAUUUUAAUACCAAUCACAACAUUAAUGCAGUUUUUCUCAGUGGUAAUAGGAAGAAGAUUUGAAUUUGAAGCAGACAGAUUUGCAAAGAUUUUGGGACACGGAGAAGAGUUAAAGAGAGCACUGAUUAAAUUACAGAAAGAUAAUCUUGGUUACCCUCUUUAUGAUAGAUUAUAUUCCAGCUGGCACCAUUCCCACCCUCCAUUAUUGGAAAGACUCGAAGCUAUUGACAAAGACAAGUAA